AUGCUAGUCCGGGCCCCUGGCUUUGUUUAUGUGGCCUCCCCCCAAGAAGGAUCGGCAGGUAGUUUGUGCGUAGGUCUUGUCAUCCUGCGUCAGCAGCGUUUUGCUCAGUACCCGUUUUGCCUUGUUCAGCGCUCCCUGCUUCCCAAAGCGUGCAUUUCCACCUAUGCCAGCACCAACAAAAACAAGAAAACAUCCAAACAUAGAACGACAACAGUUCCAAAAUUAAUUCCAGGACCAAUUGCAAACCCUACUGUAAGCCUUUUCAACCACUGUAAGGGCCUGAAUGCGGCACCGCUAAAGGCUAAAAUAGGCUAUAUAGCAAGUCAGAGCAUUGCGAUGGUUCUUCAAAAGCAAGCUUUGCAGGGUCUUUCUGACAAUAGCGGCAUGUCUGAAGUAAACUGA